UUUAAGUCCUUGUCGUACUUCACGGACGUAGUGGAGUCGUUUCUGCAUCUCGCUGUCGCCAAGUCCAAAGAACUUUGGACCGAAAUUCGCUACGACCCUGUUACCACAUAUAUCCAUUUCGAAGAGGUCGUGCCACACAGUAAGCGAUAG